AUGGCGGGUGUUCCAUACUCCUCCGCAGUCGGGAGUUUGAUGUAUGCCAUGGUCUGUACCAAACCAGAUAUCGCUCACGCGGUUGGAGUUGUUAGCAGGUAUCUUUCCAAUCCUGGGAAGGAUCAUUGGGAAGCUGUGAAGUGGAUCUUGAGGUACCUAAGAGGCAGUGCAAAUAAGUCCUUGAGCUUCGGCAAAGGAAACCAAGUUCUUGAAGGUUAUACAGAUGCAGAUAUGGCAGGUGACCUUGAUAGUAGAAAGUCUACUUUGGGGUUUGUGUUUACAUUUGCAGAAGGAGCUGUAUCUUGGCAAUCUAAAUUGCAGAAAUUUGUUGCCUUGUCGACUACUGAAGCAGAUCAGAGCGCAUUGGAUUUGAGUAAGAAUGCGAUGUACCACUCUCGCACGAAGCACAUUGAUGUCAGAUAUCAUUGGCUACGUCAAGCAGUGGAAGAACAACAGUUCAGGUUGGAAAAGAUUCACACUGACGAUAAUCCUGCUGACAUGAUGACGAAAGUUGUAACAGGGGGAAAGCUUCAGCUUUGUGCCGAGUUGAUCUGCAUGGAAUGCAUGUAA